AUGAAGGCCUCUGACCAAUUCCUGAAAAGUGGAAAGGGGAGUGUCGUGGUGGCACACAUUUCACUUGCAACAGCACUAAGGACACUUAAAUAUCUAAUUCGCAGAUACAAGAUUCAUGUAUACAACAUUGAUGAAUUGAAUUUAUGUGCUCUACCUUACCAUGAUACACAAGUUUUUGUCCGGAUUGUGCAACUUAUUGACACAGGCCAGAUGGGCCAUCGAUGUAUGGUGAAUGAGUUACAGAGAUUUCCUGUUCUCAGAAAGAGAAUGGAUGAUGUCAUAGGGAAUUUUUUAAGUGAUGGUCUUCAGCCUUCUGAAACCAUGAUUGGGCACAUAGUUGAAAUGGAGAUGGAUUACAUAAACACAUCACACCCGAAUUUUGUGUGUGGGAGUAAAGUUGUGGAGGUUACCUUGCAGCAAGUGAAAUCUUCUAAGCUUGCAACAACAGUGUCGAGGCAAAAGGAUGGAGUUGAGUCUGAAAAAGCUCCACAAUCUGAAAGGGGUAUAAAGUCACGUGCAAUUCUUUCUAGGCCUGUUAAUGGAAUUGUCAUAGAACAGCUUUCCAAUGGCAAAAUAAUAUCACGUUAUGUUCUUCUUUCUACCUUUGAAACUGCAAGAGAUGCUGGAGCUAGCCCUUACAUGAACCUAAGAACAAAAUGGAGAAGUGAGUUGAAGAUGGAGAAAUGA